GGCAAGUGAGCAAAAUUGAAGAUCUUCCUUUACAAAUUUCAUCAUGGGUCGCGUUAGAACUAAGACCGUUAAGAAGGCUUCCCGCGUCCUCAUCGAGAAGUACUACCCCCGUCUUACUCUCGAUUUCCAGACCAACAAGAAGAUCUGCGACGAGGUUGCCAUCAUUGCCUCCAAGCGUCUUCGCAACAAGAUUGCUGGUUUCACCACCCACUUGAUGAAGCGUAUUUCCCGCGGUCCUGUUCGUGGUAUUUCCUUCAAGCUCCAAGAAGAGGAGCGUGAACGCAAGGACAACUACGUUCCCGAAUUCUCUGCUCUUGACACCUCCGUCAUUGAGAUUGAUCCCGAUACCAAGGAACUCCUCAAGUCUCUCAACUUCGAGAACCUUGCUGGUGUCCAGGUCUCCGCUCCCGUCACUGCCAACGCUCAGGCUGACUUCCGUCGUCCUCGUCGUGACAACCGCCCUCGUCAGGCUCGUCCUGCCCGCCCUGAGGGUGAAGCUGUUCAAGCUUAAAUUUUUUUAUUGCAAUUUUGCGGAUUGACUGUUGCAGUUAGUUCUGUAUAGAUGUAAUAAAAGAUUGUGGUGCUUUUAGCAAAAAAUAUAAUGUAGGAUGGCAAGUGGAAGAGAGUGGUAUAUUUGUUGGAUGAAUUAUUACAACAGGGAUAAUACAAUAGUCGCCUGUGUCGUGGGAAAGUUACC